AACGACGCGCGGAUCACAAGCAUUGCAGUGUAUGCGUGUAUGGUGUGUGAUAUCAACCCGAUCAAACUAUAGAAGUGUCCGGCAAACGUGAAAUUUCGCAGAACAUAAUACAGAUACGAGAGAAAUGACAUUCUGCUUCGUGUUCUGUGAUGUAAGUAAAUGUGUUCCCGCACGUGUGUAAAGUGCUACUCUGCAAGAGUAAUUUAUCUCGCCUAGCGCUCCGCUCAGAAUUCCGACCAAGCGUCUCUAGUCCUCCUUGCCUGAUAAUCCAUCGUCGUAUCAAACACGCCGGAAUAUUUCACGGGAAUUUGCGUACGAUGCGAUCUAAUCGAUUGCUGAUUACGUCGGAUGAUCAGUCAUUAUAACAAAUUCAGCAAUGGCUGGUAACGUUUCAAGAGGCAUACCUCGUAUACAGGUCUUUAGACCAACGUAUGAAGAGUUUAAAGACUUUUCAAAAUAUGUGGAGUAUAUGGAGAGCCAAGGAGCUCAUAAAGCUGGCUUGGCAAAAGUAAUACCACCUCCCGAAUGGAUCCCGAGGAAACAAGGCUAUGAAUUAGACAAUCUAAAUCUUACAAUCCCAGCACCAAUCUGUCAAGUUGUCACUGGAAAACAAGGCCUUUAUCAGCAAAUUAAUAUCCAAAAGAAGCCAAUGACUGUCAAAGAAUAUAACAAAUUAGCAGAUUCUGAUCGUUAUCGUACACCACGUCACUUUGAUUAUGAAGAUCUAGAAAGAAAAUAUUGGAAAAAUAUAACGUACAUCUCACCGAUAUAUGGUGCAGAUGUAUCUGGUUCUUUGACUGAUCCAGAUGUAAAAGAAUGGAAUAUUAAUCAUCUCGGAACUAUUUUAGAUUAUGUUAAUAAAGAUUAUGGUAUAUCAAUUGAUGGUGUUAAUACAGCCUAUCUAUAUUUUGGAAUGUGGAAGACUACAUUUGCCUGGCAUACAGAGGAUAUGGAUCUUUAUUCUAUAAACUACUUACAUUUUGGUGCACCAAAAACAUGGUAUGCUAUACCACCAGAACAUGGACGUAGAUUAGAACGACUAGCCAGUGGUUUUUUUCCAUCAAGUUAUCAAAGCUGCCAAGCUUUUCUGCGCCAUAAAAUGUCCUUGAUAUCUCCUCAAAUAUUAAGACAAUAUUCUAUUCCAUGUAACAAAAUAACACAGGAAGCUGGAGAAAUAAUGAUUACAUUUCCAUAUGGAUAUCAUGCUGGCUUCAAUCACGGAUUUAAUUGUGCCGAAUCUACUAAUUUCGCCACACCUAGAUGGGUAGAAUAUGGAAAAAGAGCUACACAAUGUACUUGUAGUAAAGAUAUGGUAAAAAUAUCUAUGGAUACUUUCGUUAAACGUUUCCAACCAGACAGGUACGAAUUGUGGCUACGUGGUGAGGAUAUUGGACCUCAUCCUGAAGAUCCCAGGCAGACGGCUGCACCGAUGCCGUCGCAAAUGGACCUGCUGUGUAGCAGUAGUAGCAAUGGCCAAUUACCUCAAAGCUACUUGAGAGCAGCGCUAAAGAAUAAGCGACACAUGAUACACAAGCAGAAAAAUAUUAGAUCCAUUAGCUCUAGUGUUGAUAUGGAAGAUCUUGAAAGCUAUGCUGAUAUUCCUGCGGAUGUGAAAAAAGUUAUACAAGAUCUUGAAUUGGAGGAAAUUGAAGAACCACCUGACGAACAGCAAAUGGAAGUUUUAGAAGAUAUUUGGUUGAAAGCAGGAGAAAUGGACGUCGAUGAAGCAACUGUUUUUGACGAUGGUUACAAUCGUAAAAAGAGUAAGAAAAGAAAGAGGAAGCAAAGCAUACCAGACAAAGAGAAGCGCGAAUCAAAAUCUAAAAAACGAGCUAACAAAGUUAAUACGCAGAAUGCGAACGAAAUUAAAUUUGAGAUAAAAACUGAAGUUGAUGAGCUCGCAGGUUCCUUUGAAGAUGUAUCCCAAGAAAACAUGGAUGAGAUUCCAGUGCUUCAAGGAAAUUAUAACGACAGCAUUAUCAUAGAAAACAAAAAUGAUCCUUUGAAGAUAGAAGAAUUCACAGACUUUUCGGAAAGUAAUGACAAACAUGUCAAGAAGAAAAAGAAACAUUCAAAGAACAACGAGCAGAAGAAAUUAAAACAGAGAGUGUCCAAAAGUAAACGCAAACAAGACAGCACAUCAACUUUUGAUCCUAAUUCAACUCUCAAUAUUUCGGAUGCCAAUGUACCAAGUAAAAACGUAACACUACCCGAAAUCUGUAUUCCAAGGUGUUCUAUAAAAGAUAUAUCUGAUAAUCAGGAGAAAGUCAAUGUGAUACCUGGAAAUAUCAUCUCUGUUAAUAACGAACUUAGCAUUAUGAAUGUUAAAAAUAAAACUGUUGUAAAUAUCACCAACAGUGGUCAGGUAAUGAACUUCGCGCACGGCGACGAUAAAAACAUUGAGAAGUUGACUAACAGUGCUGCUGAAAACAGAAUAGCCAUUAGUACAACAGCAAACAUCAAAAAUAUGCCUAUCCGAUCUGUAGGUAGUAGUGCAACGAAUACAGUACAGAACUUGUGUGCGACAGCAUACAAAAGUACAAAUUCUGAAUGUCAGAAUGAAAGUGCAAAACCCACCACACAUAAUAUAAAUACAUCUACGAGUACAAAUUAUAAGAAUCUAUUGAAAGCACCUAAGUUAAGUAUAUUAAAAACAGCUUACGAUGCAUCACGUCUCACGUCCCAAGUGCAAGUUGAUAAUUCUGCUGCUAACGAGAAGGAUGCACACCCAACUGUCGAUAUACCAAAGAUCUGGAACUCGCAGGAAACGAAACCUGUACCGAGUAUGUCGUUCUUAGCGAACCCAACUUUCAGUCAAGGUCCUCCGGUUUUGCAGAACGAAUUAAAAGCUCAGUGCGACGGCAUUAGACCUGCAAGUUUUAAACCACCGUUAGAUAAUAUUAAAUUAUCAGCUGGCGCUGUUAUCAAUCAGAUUUACAAUACAGGACAUUCCAUCUUUAAUAAUUGCUUCUUAUCUUCAAGAUUUCAAAAGCGUCUAGCUGAGCUUAGACCCCAAAAAACAACUCCUCCAAGUGGCUGUAAAACAUUUAUUAAAGGAAUGAACUGGGGAAAUGUCUCAUUGGAUUCCAAUGAAAAAACAAAUAUUCUUAGAUUAACCCCUAUAUCUACUCCAAUGGGCAAACAGGACAUAUGUAUUUCUUCUACGGUACCAAAUUUAAUCCUACCAGCAAAUGUGUCGGCUGUGCAAACGUAUCCUAUGAACAAAAUUUACGCUUCCCAAAUCGCACCCAUAGAUUCCAGCAAAACAUAUUUGCUAAGUACUACGAAUUUUUCAACCAAUCCUACAAGUAUAUAUCCAAAAGUCACUCCUGUAUCUAAGGAAUGCAAAAAUUCGACACGCCAAAAGUCGCCAAGAGGACAAACAUCGCGUAAAAGGCCAUCAAUGAGGAAUACCACUAAGUCGAAUAAUAAUCCAUCUUUGAACACGCCUCAACUAAAUACUUCAGUAGGCACACAAGUAGACAAGCCGAUUAGUCUAUUAAUCAAUCAAUCGUAUGUAAAUAUUGUCCCUGUCAAUAAUGCCCUGUCAAGGGUUACAAACAAUAUCUCGCAAAAUACAACAUAUUCAAGUAACAACGACUCUUCAUUUAAAGAGAAGCCAAUUCUGAUUAAUCCUGCGCAACGUAAUGAAAACGCGUGUUCAAAUAUAUCCGACAAUAAGACACAGUUACCAAAUUUACAAAAACAAGUGGACAAUAUUAACUUACAUUUACCAAUAUCUAGUUCGAAAUCAAAAAAAGUAACUGCUGUAAGGAGAAAAUCUAAGGAAAAAUUGAGAAAAGUUAUAAUAGAAAAGAAGGAACUGCCGAUAAUGACAACUACUAUGACAACGAGUGAAACUACAAAGGAACAAAAGGAACAAUUAGUAGCACCGACACAAUUGGUCGAUGUACAACCUUACAACAUACAGACGCCGUCAGUGAUACCAGGUCAUAUUUCUGACAUGAUUUAUCCAAACGUUCCGAAUAGUGAACUAUUGAGGGCGUUCAACGAUUACUGGAGCGCUCAAAUAUCUCAUUGCGCGAUAUGCGCUACUUUUGCUUCGUGUAGCAGCGGAAGCAGCAGAACAAUGCCACCCGAUUGGAAAUAUUGUAAAUCAACUGCUUUACCUGAAAGUACACCAAUAUGGGUAUCAUCCAGUCUUUUCGCAGCCAACUCCAAGGAACAAGCUGUGGAACCAGAAAAUGAAAAACUUUUACGGUGUAGGGAAUGUCAAGUAACUGUACAUGCGUCUUGUUACGGUAUAACAGUGGUACCCACAGAUGUUCGAAAUUGGGCUUGUGACAAAUGUAAAGCUGGCAGAAAUGAUGUGAUGUGCUGUUUAUGUCCGAUGUAUGGUGGUGCUAUGAAACGUACCAGCGAUAGCAGGUGGGCGCAUAUCCUGUGCACGCUUAUGGUACCAGGUGCCACGUUUAAAGAUGCUAUUAACAAAGAUCCCAUCAAUGUAUUGACGAUCAUGGCAGAUACAUGCCACAAAAAAUGUUGCUUUUGCGAACAACAAGGUGGAGCGUGUUUGACAUGUAGUCAGUGUACCAACGUGUUCCAUCCAUCAUGUGGUCUUGUCGCGGGUGCGACAUUCACUAUUCCAGCGUACAACUCGCAAGAACUUCAGGUAACAUGUAACGGGCACGAUGAUGGUAAGGAAAAAAUUCCGCAAAUACGUCAAGGAGAAACUGUGUGGGCGAAACAUCGUAACACUCGAUAUUAUAAAGCCAAAGUGGAAUCUAUCCAGGACACCGUUUUUUACAUGGUUACAUUUAGUGAUAAUAGCUUCAGCGAUGAUCUAUAUCCAUCAGAUAUAACUAAUUAUGAUCCUGGGAACACACCUCCGCUCGGAGCUCCAGUGACUGUAAAUUGGACAGACGGUCAAAUAUAUGAUGGUGUCUUCGAAGGUACAAAUCACCGAAUAAUGUUUACCGUGAUUUUCGAGGAUAGCUCUAAACUCGAUUUAAAACGCAAUGAAAUAUAUAGUUUGCAAGAAGAUAUGCCAAAAAGAGUGCGUUCUCGACUGUCUAUUGCAACUGAAAUGAAGCACCGGGAUCACCUUUAUGGCACAGAGGAUGAAACAGAGGCGCAAAGAAAAGUGAAACAAUCGAAAAAUUGCGAUUAACCAGAAGUAAUUGGAUGUAAAUAACUACAUAAUUACGAAAUAUAAAAUUAUUGUAAAUAAUCUCUAUGUACACAUGCAAAACACAGGAAAUAUAUUUAGUAUUCGCGAUAGUCUUUGAAUGUACUCAGCACCGAACUGAUCACAGAUAUACAGACCAUGCUUUUUUACAUUCGAUUGUUUUUAUUCUAAUUAACUGAUAUUUUAAAAACAAUGAAGAUAAUUAUUGUCGAAUUUAUGUUAAAUUAUUAAUUUUCAAUAUUUUAUUAGCAUGAUCAUAUACUCCAUAUCCCAUUACGUCAUUUUAUUCAUGUGAUAGAUAUCAUAUUUGUAUGUAUAAUAUGUGUACAAUAGUAAGUUAUAUUGAUAAAACUUCACAAAUUUCUUUUGUGUUCAAUAAAGGCUUAUAUCAAUGUUUCUGAAUAGAUGAAUCUUAAAAUUAAAGCACUCUACAUUUUGCGAAAUGUUUAUUGUCUUAUAUCUAUCGAAUUAUAAAUCAAAGAAGCAAGAUAAACUCUACAAGUUACAGGUACAUACCAAUGUGUGUGUCACAAGUGUAACAUAUUUUUUGAAUGUAUCAAAAAUAUCUAUGUUUAUUUGUUUCUACAGUAAAUCAUGUGACGUAAUUUUAACGAUACAAUAGCCAUGUGCAUACACAAUUUUAUUCCAUUUUAAGAAUAUAUGUAAAUGUAACAUUGUAAUUUGUGUGACAAAUAUUUGUGUUCAGAUAUUUAAGCACUAGUGAGAUAUGAAUGAAUGUGAAUUUAUUGAACUUAUUGAUAUAUAAAAAGAUUUUAAAUAUAUUGAGAUAUUGAAGAAAAUUCAAUAGUUUAUGAACGACUCGAAGUACCAUUCAGUUAAUUGAAUUUUUACAAGCAGCUUACCAUUUUCAUCAAUAUAAUUUUA